CAGAACUACAAACCCAAACCAAAAACCUGCCCUCUUCAUAAGAAAAACCCAAAACCCAACCUUAUCCAAUCCACCAUUUUUCCAGUUAUAGUCCCAAAAAUUUCCAAUCCUUCACAAAUGUUAGCACCUCUUCCAAUGGCACGCUCAGCUGUUUCUUCUUCUUCUUCUACACUAUACACCAAGCUCUCCAACUUCUCUUUAACUCCAUCUCCUUUUUCACUCACUGCCCAUUACUCAUCAAAACCCUUUAAACCCAUCAAACUCUUUAAACCCAACUCUAAUCACAACCACCCACCUUCACUUCUCAAAUUUAAUCAUCAAUUUAUCCCUAAAUUCUCUGCCUUUGACACCUUUGAAGAAGACCCAGAUGAUCAUAUUUCAAAUGCUAGAGAUGACUUGCAAUCUGACCCUGAAGAAUAUGACCAAGAAUUUCAAAAUGAAACCAAACCCACAGAGUUAGAUGAUGGAGGCAGGCUUUAUGUUGGUAACUUGCCUUAUACUAUGACUUCUUCUGAGUUGUCUGAGGUUUUUCAAGAGGCUGGUCGUGUUGCCAAUGUUGAGAUUAUAUAUGAUAGGGUUACUGAUAGGAGCAGAGGUUUCGGGUUUGUGACGAUGGCAAGUGUUGAAGAAGCUAAAGAAGCUAUUAAGAAGUUCAAUGGAGCACAACUCGGAGGUCGAACCGUGAGGGUGAACUUCCCAGAAGUGCCCAAGGGAGGUGAGAAGGAAAUAAUUGGAACAAGGAUAAGAACCUACAAGGGCUUCGUUGAUAGUCCUCACAAGAUCUAUGCAGGAAAUCUGGGUUGGCGCGUAACAUCUCUCGCUCUUAAAGAUGCUUUUGCUAACCAACCAGGCGUAUUAAGUGCCAAAGUCAUUUACGAGAGGGACACGGGGAGGUCUCGAGGUUUUGGGUUUGUCUCGUUUGAAUCAGCUGAGGAUGCAGAUGCUGCUCUAAAUACCAUGAAUGGAGUGGAGUUAGAAGAUCGGCCUUUGAGGUUGAAUAUGGCUGCAGAUAGAGCACGUUCUACUCCAUCAACGGAAGCCUAUGCUGGAGAUAAUCUUGAGACGAGUGAAUUGUUUUCUGGCAUUGGCUCGUAAGGGAAAUGUGGUAUCUUAAUGAGUGAAUGUAUAUACGUUGUUUAAUGGAUAGUAGAAGAACAUUAUACUUCCGGAUCUCGGCUCUGUAUGGUGGCGUUCUGCCUAACAGCUCAACUGCUGUGUGCUAGAUGAUUUGUUCUCAACGGAAAACGAUAAAGUUAAUUCAACUUGAUUCUUUAUAUGUAAGCAACGUAGCUCGAGAUUGUAUGAGAUUUUGAAUAGUAUGGCAAGUCAAAAACACUACUUCAAGAGUAGUAUUAUUCUA